CAUGAGAGGACGCGCGUCGUAUGUGCUCCGUAUGUAAUUGAACUUCAAGAGCGGUUGCUCGUGUUAUAUAGAGUGCUUAUACAGCUUAUAUUGUUUAUAAUACUCGGUUCAUAUACUCAGUUUGAUUUUAAUCUGUGAGUUCAACAUGGAACGUGAAAAAGACGGAGGAGAAAGUGAAUCCGUGCCGGUGACAACAAAGAAGUACAGGACCAGAUCCGGGAACUCCACCAAGCCGUGGAAUACACCAGCGAAGAACAUCCGUGAGUUCGAAGUACUUUCCGAAGACUACGCAGACAGUGACAGAACGAAGGUAUGUAACCUCAAGUGUCGCACCUCAUCGGAUCGCAUUCCUUUGUGGAUAAACGCCACUAAAGCCUACCUAGACGAAGAGCUUGAAAAACAAACAGGAUACAAGUUCACCUGGAAAGACAAGAACUGUCAGCUCAUUAUCACAGAUCCUACAAAGUCCGGAGAAAGCAUCAAGGUAGUGAACAUUCACUUCUACAAGUCGGGAACAAUCCUGGUACACGGCAAGGGUUCAAAAUGGUACGCCGAGAACAUUUUCCCAAAAGUGAAAGUCACGGUUAAUAACCCAGCAAGCUCAUCCCAGAAUCAAGAUGGCGGACAAACUGCUGAUCAAUUGACACUGAAUGAAGUCGAAACAAAAGACAACAACCCAGAGACAAUAGAGGACCUCUCAGACCAUGGCAAGUCCGCCAUGAUGGCGUCUGACACUGAACUCGACCAGACCACGCCAACUAAACCUGGUGCCACAGACUUGACUUCAGAGAAAGAGAAUAGAACGGAAUAUACUACUCCAAAGUCUGUUACAUCUCCGUCUAUCCGCAAAGUGUUCGGAGGUCUUGAGAAUAUCAUCUUGAGUCCCUUCACAAAGAUGAGAGAAUCUACCGGAAAAAGCAGAGAAGAGAAGUCACGACAGACAAACCGAUCGCGACGCGAUAUUCUUGCCGACAACUCCCUCCCCGAAAAGAGUGCUGAUUCCAAUAGUGAAACUUUGUACACUACUUUGGUGGACGAACUGAAUGAACUGAAAACUCUAGUUUUCAAUAACAAAGUAGCGAUGGACAAGCAGGGGCAGCAAGUCGCCGAUCUACAAGCUAAUGUCCAAAAUAAAACGAAGAAGAUCGAGAAACAGGCCAAGCAGAUCGAAAAUCUGAUGACCGAACUCCAACACCAGCGUGAAUUCUCUAAAGACUUAUCAGACAAACUCUCUUCGAAGUGUGCAUGUGUCUGCGCUACUCGGGGAGAUGAAUGGAGAAUUCAACGGUUAUAUUCAGAAAUCGUAAGCUCAGCAGCUCAGAACGACACCUAUGCGCCCGACACACAGACAUCAGCAACCCCCGACAAACAGGGCGGUGCUGUGUCCGACAUGAAGACUCCGGAAGCCCCCCGUAACAAACAGACCCCGGCAGCCUCCCGCUCGCAGGCCCCAGUGCCCACCGGUACAGACACACGGAUCCAGGUAGUCUCCGGUACACAGGAACCGGCAAGCCCCGCCAUACAGGCUCCGACAGACCCCGGCAAGCAGCCCCUGGCUCCGACAGACCCCGGCAAGCAGCCCCCGGCAGCCUCCAGUCCCGACUCACGCGCCCAGGCAGUCCCCUGUACACAGUCCCCGACAACUCACGACACACGGAGCCCGACAAACCCCGGCGCACAGGCUACGACAACCCCAGGCACACAGGCCUCGGUAACCUAUCCAGCACAGAAAGAGAAGAAACAGAUCAGAAUCUUUGCCGACUCGCUUUGGAAUGGCGUUGAUACAAACAGAAUGUUUAAGAACAAAAGUUCGAGCAUCGUUAAGUCCAGCACAGUAAGGAAAGCCUCUGAGAAUGUCAACUCGUCCCCUGACAACACGACGGAGCUGGUCAUCUUACAUGUCGGCUCAAACGACAUGGACAACACAAGAGCACGAUCAGACAGUGUGAACAUUUGCAUAGAGGAAACUCGCAAAUUGAUCAACAAUGCAAAAACAUCAUUCCCAAAUGCAACAAUAGCAAUGUCUCAAGUCCUCCCAAGAGGGUUGCAUAUGGAUUCCACACUCAACAAGAACAUUGCCAUGUACAACGACAACGUCGAGAAACUAUGUCUGGAAGAUGACCGACUAUUCUACAUCAGGCAUCGGCUGUUGUCACAGGAACGGUCGCUGUACAAACCAGACAGGAUCCACAUCACCCCUGACGCUGGCGUGAGUCUGUUAGUGGCUGACGUGAAGCGCACGCUGCGCCAUCACCAGCAGUCCGUCGCAGACAGGAGCAGACAACACUCGGGCCACAGCGGGCAGCAGACGAGACCACCCAGGAAAACAUCGAGGGAAAACACCGUGACCUACAUGCAGUCCGGACGGUACGCUCCCCCGAGCCGCUUCUCACAAGCCCAGCGGAAUCCGGCACCGUUGCUCCCGUGGAACCAGUCACCCCCAGCUCCUCAGCGAAGAUCCAACUGGAACGAACGGCAAGGGUCGAGAUGGAGUGAGGCAUAGGACAAGCGCCAGGCAAUAGAAACGCUGAUGAACAUGAUGAAAGACUUCCUUAGUCAUUGAACGGACACUUGAA